AAAUGUGAAGUGAGACCGACUCAGCACAUCAUCUUGUGGGAAACUGUAACACAUAUAUUGAUGACAAUGAAAAUCCUUGCAAAAGUAUUGAAUGCAAAGAGCGUGGCGUCAGUCCAUUAGCUGACUGCAACCCUUAAAGAUUCCAAACAAGAACCAGUGGUGACGAUGGCAGCGUUGGUAACAGGCCUCAUCCCCAUCCUGCGGACAGCAGUGGAUGCCACCACCAACUACACGGGCCGCUCGCUGUGGUUCGGCUUCCUGUGCAUCCGCGUGGUGAUCCUCUUCCUGGCUGAGCUGCCCUUCCACAAGAUGGACUCGGACUUCACCUGCAACGGCACCGGGGACAGCCUCUGCACCAAAGCCUGCUUCAACAGACUUUUCAACAAACCCAUGGUGUCGGCCUGGAACUUCCUGUUUGUCCUGGUCAUCCUCUCCGUCAUGAUCAUGGAGCUGUUCACCUCUCACCUGCGCUCCCGGGCCGAGAAGAGGAGAUGCCAGGUGAAGGCCGACAUGGAGCUGGCGGGCCAGGGAACCGAGGAGGCUCGGGCUGGGACCGAAGACACCACAGGGAAGAUGGUGAUCAAUCUCCGUAGAGACAGAGGCACAGUGGGCUUCUACCUGCUCAGCAUCACUCUGCGUAUCCUGAUUGAAUCCUGGUUUAUCUUUAUUCUGUUGGGUUGGAACCUGCCGGCUCUGGAUAAUGGUCCGUUCGAAUGUUCCACGAACAUUUGCUCCGGGUUUCGUGUUUGUGUUGUGAGGGCCGCUCCAGAGAAACGCAUGUCGAUCUAUGCUUUGGCUUCUAUUUCAGCCAUGAUUGUGGUUUGUUCAACAUCAUUUUGUAUCUUUGCCAUUGUUCACUAUCUUUGCCACUUUUAAACACCGACACAGCAUGUUUCCCUUGUAACAUAAUGACGACAACAACAAUUCUCUUUGUUUAAGUUAUAAAUUCCAUCUCCCACUGCAAGUGAACUACAAAACAAGCCACAAUAUCUUCAAUUUAGCCAGAAUUAAUGGAUUCAUAUCUUAUUAGGAUCUAGAAACCUCUUGACAUUUAAAGGAUAAGCAGUAAAGAUGAUGGAUGAAUGUUCCUACUUGUCUAUUCAUCUAUUUAAGGUUUAUCGACAAAUUAAAACACUUGCUUCCACAAUAUGAACCCUCCAGACCUCUCAGCUCAUGUUCCUGUAGAAUUAAAACAAAACAUGAUAACGCUGCGUUCACUUGCAAAGCGAAAUAAAGAUAUCAGAGGAUCCCACAACAUGUUUUAUCAUUUUUGUUGACCUCACGCUUUUAAUUUGAACUGUGACAUUGUAUGAGUUUGAAUGUUUUAAUUCUUUACAGACCUCACGCUUCUCAGUCGUUUAGCUCUGUUCUUAUUUCGUUUUUUUCAUGUGAAGCAUUCUGAUGAUCCUCUGUGUGCUGGGAAAUAUGCCUCAUAAAUAAACUUGCCUUUUAAUGAUC